AUGAGCUCAAACAAGCAACCGGUGAAACUGGACGACGAACAGCUGGCGGAGUUGCGAGAGAUUUUCCGAUCGUUUGACCGGAACAAGGACGGAAGCUUGACGCAGCUCGAGCUAGGGUCGUUGCUCCGGUCGCUGGGUUUGAAGCCGAGCGAGGACCAGCUGGAGGCGUUGAUCCAGAAGGCCGACAGGAACAGCAACGGCAUGGUGGAGUUCUCCGAGUUCGUCGCCAUGGUCGAGCCGGAUCUCAUCCACGCUCACAGCCCCUACACGGAGGACCAACUCCGCCAGAUCUUCCGGAUGUUCGACCGCGACGGCAACGGCUACAUCACGGCCGCCGAACUCGCACAUUCCAUGGCCAAGUUGGGCCACGCCCUCACGGCGGAGGAGCUCACCGGAAUGAUCAAAGAGGCUGAUACCGACGGCGACGGUUGCAUUAACUUUCAAGAAUUCGCUCAGGCAAUCACUUCUGCCGCCUUCAACAAUUCUUGGGGCUGA